AGCAGCUCCCGCCGGAAUCCAUGGAGAGGAGGCCAUUCGAUCUUCUUUUUAUUCUUCUCGCAGUGCUUCUGACGGCGUCGGCGACUUCGUCCAUGGCGUACACCUUCUCCGUCGGCGGAAGAGACGGCUGGGUCGCGAAUCCGUCGGAGAGCUACGACGCCUGGGCCGGCAGGAACCGGUUCCGAGUCAACGACACGCUCGUGUUCAGGCCCGGCGGCGGCGGCGGCGGAGGAGGAGACUCUGUUCUGGUGGUGUCGAAGCCGGACUACGACGCGUGCAACGUGAGCAGCCCGUUACAGACGCUGCAGGGUGGGAGCUCGCCGGCGACGUUCGCGUUUGACCGAUCGGGGCCGUUCUUCUUCAUCAGCAGCGUGGCGGAGAACUGCCGGAGGGGGCAGAGGGUGGUGGUGGUCGUCUUGGCCGUGAGGAACAACCGGCCGAGCACCCCUCCGCCGGCGCCGCCAGCUUCUCCUCCCUCGCCGUUGCUUCCUCUGCCUCCCCCUUCUUCCUCUCCUGCUCCGUCCGUAAGUAGUACUCCUCCAGCUCCGCCACCGGCGUCCACUCCUCCUCUUCCACCUCCUUCCUCUUCGCCGUCGCCUUCUGUUACGGCAUCGGCUCCGUCGCCCACAAGUACUAGUCCACCGGCGUCCUCUCCUUCUUCCUCUUCGCCGUCGGCUUCUGUUACGUCACCGGCUCCGUCGUCCGCAACCAGUUCACCUUCCGCUCAGCCACCGGCGUCCUCCCCUACUUCUCCUUCACCUCCUUCCUCUUCGCCGUCGCCUUCUGUUACGGCACCGGCUCCGUCGUCCGCAACCAGUUCACCUCCAGCUCCGUCACCGGCCUCCCUUCUUACUCCCUCCCCAUCGCCGCCGCCUUCUAGUUCUGCUCCCUCGUCCCCUACUAGCACACCUCCAGCUCCACUAGCUACGUCACCGGGUUCUGGGAACUCUUCAUCGGGAAGCGAGUUGUCGCCGCCGCCGCCACCGAGCUCCUCCACCGCGCUGCAGGCAAAAUUCACUCUCCAGCUGCUCGCCGCGGCCCUCUGCGGCGCCUUCCUCCUCUGAGGACGAACUCAUACGCCUGCUGCCAUGCACACGAGUCAUUCAAUCGGCACUCUUUUACUUAUUGGCGUGAAGGGGGAUCGUUGAUCAAAGAUGGCGACGCUGAUAAUGAUGGUUGACGAUAGACGUUUUCGAUGGGCGUUCGGAAUUGAAGAGAAGAAGACACCUCAUGUAGCCUUCGUUGUCUUCUCUUGCCGACAGACGAAAGCAAGCAGCCAGCGGCUGUUUUUGUUCUUUGAAAAUUAUGAAUAUUGAUAAAUUUAUCACGGCCAUAAAUUUUUUUUAAAAAAAAAAAUCAAACAACACCUUUAAUAUUUAUCAUUCCAAAAAUAUUUUCAAUUUAAUAUUAUUAUAAUAGUUAAGAUCAUAAUUACUAUAUAUAAUAUAGAGUAAAAUUAACCAACUUUUAACUCCCGGAUCAUGAUGCAACAGUUAGAUGUUCAAAUAAUCUUCUAACUACAUUCAAAUCCAGCUACAACAUCCUGCAUGAUAUUUUCCUUCAUUAGAAUGAAGAAUCUAAGAUGCUGAAUGCUAGGUGAGGAAUUGCUUGUGCUUAUGGAUUUACCAGGUAGUAGGGACGGUCGACGGAUAUAGGAAUUAGAGUUGGGGGUUGAAGUUAAUGUAAUAAAUAA